AUGAGUCCCUCGGCCCUCCACAGCCCCUCUCAAGACCCCGCAGGCCUUUCUUUCUUUUCCCUCUUCAAUUCUUCAUCGCCUCCACUCACCAGCUCCGCAGGGCGCCCCCCGGAGGCCCCGGGGCCCCCCCAGCCCCUAGGGCUUGCCCACAAGGGUUCGGGGGGCCCCUCUACUCAAGUCCCGGGGGCCCCUCACCAGGCUUCCGAGCCCCUGCCCCAGAGCACUUUAGUCCCCCCUGGGGGCCCCCAGGGCCCCCAGGGGGGCCCCCCAGGACCCGUAUCUGCGGGGGCCCCCAGCGCCCCGUCUUCCUACGAGGGCUCCUGCUCUUGUGGGCGCUCGGCAGUGAACUCCUGCUGCUGCUGCCCUGCAGCAACAGCAGCAGCAGCAGCAGCAUUUUCGUACGAAAGCCUCGAGUGGGAAGAAUGGCGCGGGGACUGGCCGCUGCUGCUGCAUGCCUCUGCUGGCAGCUGCGCAGGGGUGAUGGAGCACGUGGCUAUGUACCCCAUAGACACAGUGAAGACUCGCAUGCAGGCCUACAGAGGCGCAGCAGCAGCAGCAGCAGCAGACGCCCCCGCAGCAGCAGCAGCUGCAGCAGCAGCAGCAGAGCCGCCUCACUGCCAUCACCGGCGGGCGCCCCCUAGCCCCAGUUGCCAGGCCCCCUUCGCCUCUCCGCGAUGUACAGAGAGCUGCAGCAGCAGCAGCAGAGCCAUACAAAAGGCAGCAGCAGCAGCAGCGCAGCCGCCCUCGCGGCUGUCGCUCUCUCAUUCUCUGCUCCACUCUUCUCAGAUGCACUCUGCUGCUGCGCUGCCGCAUAUAUCAAGAGCCACGCAGCACAAGUUUAUAUACCCAACAAUGCAUUCAACAAGCACAGCAGCACGCGCAGCGAGGGGCCCCUGGGGAGCCCCCCUGGGGGCCCUCUCAGGGGCCCCCGUGGGGGCCUCUGGGGGGGCCCUCUUUGGGGGCCCCUGUUCAGUGCCAGCAGUGACUCAGGCGUCGCCACUAAGGCUUCCGUUGGGGUAUAUGCGGAGCCCCGGCAUGCUGCUGCUGCAGCAGCAGAAGCAAGCAGCAGCAGCAGCAGCAGUCAGGGGCGGGCUCAGCGGGGCGUGGCGGUGCGGCCUGAGCGUUCCGGGCGCUGAAGCAGCAGCAGCAGCAGGGCUGCGAGCAGCGUCAGGGGCCCCCCUGAGCGGGGCUGCUGCUGCAGCUGGGGGCCCCCCAAGCAGUACCCUCCCGGGCAGGGGCCCCCACGCGGGGUCCGCCAACUCCCGCGCGGGGGGCGGGGCCUGGGGCCUCAUUUCCUGCCUAAGAUCAGUUUAUGCUGAGGGGGGGCUCAGGAGUUUGUACAGAGGCGCUGGGGCUGUGGUGCUGGGGUGUGUGCCGGCCCACGCCUGUUACUUCACUUCUUACGAGCUCACGAAGCGGAAAAUGAAGGAAAGGGCUUAUCAGAAGCAGCAGCUGCGGCGGCAGCAGCAGCAAGAAGGCGCAGCAGCAGCAGCAGCAGCAGCAGCAGGUGCUGGCUGCUGCGCGGCGCCGGCGGGCGGCGGCUCCUCGCUGUGCCUGUGCCCCGUGUGCCUGGGCAAAAGAGAAGCGCUGCAGCACCAAGAUAGAGCAGCACCAGCAGCAGCACCAGAGGGCCUCUCCGGGCUGCAGCUGCUGCUCUGCGGCGUUGGCGCCACCCUUAGCCACGACCUGAUCUUGACUCCUGUGGACGUGCUCAAGCAGCGCAUGCAGCUGGGUUGUUUUAAGUCAGUGGGCCAGUGCAUCGAAAGCACUUUGCGCGUUGAGGGCCCCCUGGCCUUCGUGCGGUCUUUGCCGGUUUCUUUCGUUUUGAAUUUGCCGUUUGGGGCUGUGCUGAUUUGCACCAACGAACAGCUAAAGAAAAGAGCCGCCAACUGGAAGCGCCGCAGCGCCCCGGGGGGAGCAGCAGCAGAAAGCAGCAGCGCAGCGGGCAGCAGCAGGCCUGAAGAGCUCAGCUUGCCCAUUUACUUCUUGUGUGCGGGCAUAAGCGGCGGCGUUGCUGGUUUUAUAUCAAAUCCCCUCGAUGUGGUGAAGACGAGACUGCAGACUCAAGACUGCGCCGUCAGGAACCAUGUGUCUGGCUUGUCGGGCGUCACAAGGCCUGGUGGCUGCCCCUUCGCUCCGUGCACGCCCAAGUACCAAUCCUUGUUGGGGACCAUGCGCACCAUUUGGUCUGAGGAGGGAAUUCUGGGUUUUUGGCGCGGCGUCAGCGGCCGCGUUUGUCUCAAUGUUCCGUCUUCCGCUAUUUGCUGGGGUUCUUACGAGACCUUCAAGACCCGCAGCAGAGAUAAAGAAAGAGAUAAAGAAAGAGAUAAAGAAAGAGAUAAAGAAAGAGAUAAAGAAAGAGACAAACAAAGAGAUAAACAAAGAGACAAACAAAGAGACAGCCCCCACGAGAAAAGCCUGCUGCUGCUAAGUCCCGCGGCAGCAGCAGCUGCUGCAGCGCCGGCAGCAGCAGCAGCAGCGCCCCAAGCACCAGCCUCAGCAGCAGCAGCAGCAGCAGGAAAGGGCUUUCAAGGCCCUUGGAGCCAGCCGUAUGCUGCAGCAGAGAAAGACGACGUUUCAAAGACGCUGGGGACCCCGCACGUCCAGCAGCAGCAGCAGCAGCAGCAGCAGCAGUGGCAACAGCAGCAGCAGCAGCAGCAACACUUAGGCGGCGACUGCACAGAGCCAGCGCGGCAAAAGAGAGGGGGCUGGAAGCAGCCAGCGAGUCUAAGGGGCUGCCCAAGUGUACAUCCACCUGAGUUGACUGUGGGGCGGCCUUGUGCUGCUGCUGCUGUUGCUGCUGCAGCAGCAGCAGAAAGGAAUAAUGCACACGCGAGGCCUUUGCUGCACCUCCAAAGACAGUCUUUGCCUCCACUUCCGCUAACACUAUCAGAUAUUAGCUGCAGCAGCCAUCAAGACCUGCAGGCUCACCCGGGGCUGCAGCAGCAGCAGCAGCAGCAGGCGCUGCAGCAGCAGCAGCAGCAGCAGCAGCUGCAACAACACCUGAUGAUGCAGCAACAGCUGCAGCAACAGCUGCAGCAACAGCUGCAGCAGCAGCUGCAGCAGCAGCUGCUCCAAUCAGCGAGCCACAGACCGCAAACCUUACCGCUCUCGCCACAGCAGCAGUUGCUGCAGCAGCAACAACAGCAGCAGCAGCAGCAGCAGCAGCUGAUGGACUGUUUAUCUGCUUCCCAGCAGCAGCUACUCUACGACCCCCAACUCAGGCAGCUUCCAUAUCAGCACCCGCAGCAUCCGCAGCAGCAGCAGCUGCAGCAGCAGCUGGCUGCUGCUGCGCAUCUGCCAGCAAGGGGCCCCCACUUCUCCUCAGCACCUCUUGUACCUGUGCUGUCCCCUAGGGGGCCCCCAGCUGCAGCGACUUGUGCCAACGUGACCACUGGUCCCCAACCUGGACCACUGCUGCGGGCCUCCUCAGGGGCCCCCCUAGGGGCCCCUAUAGGGUCCCCUUUAGGGGGCUCCCCAGGUGGGGGCCCUUUAGGGGGGCCUCAGGGGGCCCCCCGAGGUGGUAAUCUGUACAGCAGCAGCAGCACCAGCAGCAGCGGCAACGCUUUUGCUGCUUCGCUCAGCACCCCCUGCAUGCAGUAUGCUUCCCUCCGCCAAAGUCUGCUGCAGGGGGCCCCCAGCCCCAUGGGGCCCCCGAACUUCGUGGGGGCCCCCAAUUCCAUGGGGGCCCCCGAUCUCGGGGGGCCCCCCAACUUUGGAGAGGGUUUUAACUUUUUAGCUGCCCCAGGGGGGCCCCCCCGGAGGUUUGGGGGCCCCAGCAAGGUCCCUCCUUUGCUGCUGCCUCCUCUAGAUUACGAAGCACCUUAUAAUGCUUCGCUGCUGGCUGAGGGGCAGACGCAGAGUGCUGCUGCUGCUGCUGCUGCUGCUGGCCGCAGCCCGCAGCAGCAGCAUCAGCAGCAGCUGCGGCUGAUGCUGCAACACAGCCCUUCGCAAGCGCUGGGGGAAGGCGGAGUCCCAUCCUACUUGUGCACUCCCCGAGUUGUCCGGAAGAAAGAAGUCAACAGCAGCAGCAGCAUGCAGCUGCAGCAGCAGCAGCAGCAGCAGCAGCAGCAGCAACAGAAGCAGCAGCCGGAAAAAAAGCUGUUUGCUGGGCGUCGUAUUCGUCUUGGCGACCUCUUUGGGCAGUGUGUCGACACAGGUCCCAAACAGCAGCAGCAGCAGCAGCAGCAGCAACAGCAGCAUCAGCAGCAACAGAGACCGCAGAUCGGGCGCAGCUACUCCAGCAUUAACUCUGGUGUAUUUGCACAGGGCGACGCAUCUCCAUUUAACUUUAGCAGCAGCAUCGGCAGCAGCAGCAGCCCGUAUCUAAACACGUGUGUAAGCAGCAAUCUGCUGCAGCAGCAGCAGCAGCAGGACAUGCUGCACGGAAUGCCAGUAGGCGUGUGGGGGUCCCCCUUGCCCUUUGUGGGGCCCCCCUCAGCUUUGAUUACUUCGCUAGUAAACUCUCACACAAAGAAAGGGGCCCCCUGGGGGGCCCCCCAAAAGGGCCGCCUGGGGGCCCCUAAAACCCUUUAA